ACUUUCGAAAAGCGGAACUUGAUCAUAAAGUGUGUUGUAGUUCGCAUGAUUUAUCGGACAACAGUGAGAAUGCUAGAGUCUCAGCAGCUUAGACAUAGCCUAUUCGUGUUCCUGUUAAACCCUGCAGUUGAAGCUACGUGUUUUACAUUGCAACAAAGUUACUUAAACGUUGUUUAGGCCUGCUUGGCGAUUCCAAAUGAACUUUUAUGACAAUGGGUGACAGGGAAAUAGUUGGUCCCAUCACUCGUCAAAGACGGGCAACCUUCUCGAUGACAAGACGUGGCUCUUUGAAAAGCCUGAAUGAAUUUAAAGGAUUAAAUGCAAAAAGUGUCGGUAAAGGUAAAUCGGACCGUAAGGCUCAGGAAUCCCAAACUAAUGGAAACCCAAACGAAAAAAGCAAACGGAAAAGUCAUGGCGAUAAACUGAGUUGUCACAAGUUGCAGGAGUCCCUGCUCAGCUCCUCCAGUGGAUUCAGUAACUACAGGGGCAUUCUCAAUUGGUGUGUUGUCAUGCUGGUAUUGAGCAAUGCACGCCUCUUCCUGGAGAACCUCCUGAAGUAUGGAAUCUUGGUGGACCCCAUCCAAAUUGUGUCCCUGUUCCUGAAGGACCCGAAUAGUUGGCCUGCAGCAUGCCUGGCCCUUGUCAGCCAUGUGUUUGUCAUCAUGGCCCUGUAUGUGGAACGACAGCUGGCAAAGGGCUCCAUCAGCGAGCAGUUUGGGAUGUUUAUUCAUUUCCUCAACCUGUCAAUCAUCCUGUGUUUUCCCAUGGCAACGGUUCUGUGCUUGCCCUCCAUUACUCCAGUGGGUGGAGCCUUCACCCUGGGAGUGUACACCAUCCUCCUCCUGAAACUAUACUCCUACAAAGAUGUGAACAAGUGGUGUCGGGAGAGGAGGCAGACCAAAGCACGCAGUUUGUCCAGAUCUCUCUCGUGUCCAUCCACACCAACAGCCAGUGACUCUACCGAGACUCACGUCUCUUAUCCCGGCAAUCUCUCUCUGCGAGACCUGUAUUAUUUUGUGUUUGCCCCCACACUCUGCUACGAGCUCAACUUCCCUCGUUGUCCACGGAUACGCAUGGGCUUCCUGCUGCGGAGGAUGUUUGAGAUGCUGCUACUUGCACAGCUGUUGGUUGGCUUGAUACAACAGUGGAUGGUCCCAGUUAUCCAAAGUUCAAUGAAACCACUGCAGGAAAUGGACUUUUCUAGAAUGGUGGAACGACUCCUGAGACUGGCGAUUCCCAACCACUUGAUCUGGCUGAUCUUUUUCUACUGGUUUUUCCAUUCCUCUAUGAACUUCAUGGCAGAGUUGCUGAAGUUUGGUGACAGAGAAUUCUACAGAGACUGGUGGAACUCUGAGACGGUAACAUAUUUCUGGCAGAAUUGGAAUAUUCCUGUCCACAAAUGGUGUCUUCGGCACUUCUAUAAACCUCUGCUGAGGAGAGGGGCCAGUAAAUGGGCCAGCCAGUCUGCAGUAUUCUUCCUCUCUGCCUUCUUUCAUGAGUACCUGGUGAGUGUGCCUCUGAGGAUGUUCAGACUGUGGGCGUUCAUGGGCAUGAUGGCGCAGCUUCCACUGGCCUUUUUUGUGAGUCGGUAUCUGAGAGGUAACUAUGGGAACGCAGCAGUCUGGAUGUCACUCAUCAUCGGCCAGCCCAUUGCCGUCCUCAUGUACGUCCAUGAUUACUAUGUCCUUCAUCAUGCAGAGCGACCAUAAACCACAGGACUUUAGGGUCCACUCUGCCAUUUCCUGACAGUCUUUAUCAUGCAGACUAGCUUUUGCAGUGGUAUAUAUUCAUUCUGACUCUCAUCUCAUAUGCUCCAGAAGGUGUUUUUUAUUACUAAAAGCCUUGUGUAAAACCAGUUCAGGAGUAUAUCAUUUUGUGUGUAAAAUAUGUUUGGUAUGUUACACACAUGUUUGUAAACAUUGAAUGUUUUUACUGUGCUGUAGUCUACUGUAAGCUUGAACUUUGAGAUUUUUAAAAUCUAAUUUAAAUAAUGAUUUUAAUGUUUUAAAAUAAAGUUAUUUGAAAUACA